AUGAAGUUCCCUCCAGACAACAUGUGGAUCCUUCCUCGUGAUCACCGACAAUUCGCAUGUGGCUACUCCUCCGGUUUGAUCUAUUUCCACGCUAUGGGCGAUAAGCUCUUCCCGCAUUACGUUUCGGUCGUUGGUGUGAUUUCUACGGGUGAAAUUGUUUUGUCGAUGGCGGAUUAUACGUCUGGACAACCGUUUUAUGUUUACUACUUCAAUCCUGAUCAAGGGAAUAAUACUAUUGGACGCUUUGAGAUGCAAGGUUUUGGAGAGUAUCACGAAGCGUCCAACAAUCCUCGUAGAGUCCACGUCUUUGUAGACGAUUGUAGUAGUAGAUACUUGGCCUUUGCUAACAAUAUAGAGGAUAUUAAUGUUAACGAUCAAACGCUACUCAGGUCUAGCAUCUAUGUUCCAUAUGUGUAUAACGAAGAAUCAGAAGAAUCAGAAUCAGAAAGAAGAUUCCGAUGA